CUACUUUAGCUCCAGAGUUGAACUUCCCGUAGCAGAACGGAGAUGAGAGGCGGAGCUUAAGCCGAGAAGAAGAAGAACAAGGCGAAGGAGAUGUGGAUGUAUCCUCUUCAGCUUUUUUACUGCGGAGUUUCUCCUCAGGCGGCUCUUUCUAUUAGUAAACGGACAAGUUUUCAGGUCACGUCGGUGCGCGGUACAGUAGCAGCUCAGGUUGUUCUGUACAGUAUGUAACAGAAUGGCAACGAGCAAGUAGGACUUCUGCUUUGAGGCUUAAAGUCGGGCAGCUGAUGUAUGCAGACUGAUCAUCACGCAGCGUGUGACAUGGUAUAGCAGUUCCCAGUGACCAGAAAUCAACGUCACUACAUCAGCUGUAACAGGACAGUAGGCUGCAGAUCAGGCCCAGGUAUGGCUGCCAGACACCAGAGACCUUCUGCUGCUUCAAAAAGCUCAGCUGAGGCCAAAAGGACAGACCUAAAGAACAAUGAGAAGAAGUGCUCUUGGGCCUCCUACAUGACCAAUUCUCCACUUCUGAUAGUGAUGAUUGGGUUGCCUGCUAGGGGGAAAACCUACAUGUCCAAGAAGCUGACACGCUACCUCAACUGGAUUGGAGUUCCAACAAAGGUCUUUAAUCUGGGAGAAUAUAGGAGAGAAGCAGUGCAGUCAUACAAGUCCUACGACUUCUUCAGACAUGACAAUGAAGAGGCGAUGGAAAUUAGAAAACAGUGCGCUUUGGUGGCACUGCAGGAUGUCAAAACGUAUCUGAACACAGAAGGAGGCCAGAUUGCCGUUUUCGAUGCCACAAACACGACCCGAGAGAGGAGGACACUCAUCCUUAAUUUUGCACAGGAAAAUACAUACAAGGUCUUUUUUGUGGAAUCAAUAUGUGACGAUCCAGACGUAAUUGCUGAAAACAUUAUGGAAGUGAAGGUGUCCAGCCCAGAUUACCCUGAAAGGGACAGAGAAAGUGUCAUGGACGAUUUUUUGAAGAGAAUAGAAUGUUAUAAAGUGACCUAUCAACCUCUAGACCCGGACCAACUUGACAAGAACCUGUCCUUCAUCCAGGUCAUUAACGUCGGUCGCCGUUUCUUGGUGAACAGGGUGCAGGAUUAUAUCCAAAGUAAAAUAGUCUAUUACCUGAUGAACAUCCAUGUACACUGCCACUCCAUCUAUCUUUGUCGACACGGAGAGAGCCAGAACAAUUUGGAGAGAAGCAUCGGAGGCGAUUCUGGCCUGUCAGAGAGAGGAAAGAAGUUUGCUGUGGAGCUGAAAGGUUUUGUGAAAGAGCACAACCUGUCUGACCUGAAAGUCUGGACCAGUCAGCUGAGGUGCACCAUUCAAACUGCGGAAGAGCUGGGUGUCCCCUACGAGCAGUGGAAGAUACUUAAUGAAAUUGAUGCUGGAGUGUGUGAGGAGAUGACCUAUAAGACGAUUGAAGAGAAAUACCCAGAGGAGUUUGCUUUGAGAGAUCAGGACAAGUAUCAUUACCGCUACCCUGGUGGAGAGUCCUACCAAGACCUGGUUCAGCGCCUGGAACCGGUUAUCAUGGAGCUGGAACGGCAGGGGAACGUUCUGGUCAUCUGUCAUCAGGCUGUCAUGCGCUGCUUGCUCGCAUAUUUCUUGGACAAGGGCGCAGAUGAUCUACCUUACAUGAAGUGUCCCUUGCACACUGUCCUAAAACUCACCCCAGUGGCUUAUGGAUGUAAAGUGGAGAUGUUUGAUCUGAAAGUGGAAGCUGUUAACACUCACAGGGACAGACCACUGAACAAAGUGAGAUCGAACUCCAUGCUGCCACCUUUAAUCCGCAGGAACAGCUUCGAUCCGCUGUCCAGCCAAGACCAGAUCAAAAGGCCCCGUGUGUACAGCAUGAGCAGCAUGCGUUCACAUUCACACGUGUUCCCUCCUCCAGCUUUUUCCGGUACACGCUUUUCUAGGGUGUCCGAGGGAGCUGAACUGCCGCAAAGAGAGGACUCUCUGAACGGUUUCAGCGCUCCAGACACAGAAGAAGGAAGCACAUAGAGAAAUAUUGUUGUCUAAUCUAGCACAAGAAAACAUCUGUCUCCUUCUCCACAGUGUUUUCAGGCGUUCCUUCUAUCAUCCAAGGCUGGCUCCUCUAUGUGAUUUUCUUCUUCUUUUUUUUUUUCAACUCUGCGAAUCAUCAGUUAAAGUCCAGCUGUCACAUUUCUUCUACUGUAUUAAGAACACGUGUCUUUUCUGUGUAGCAUUCUAUAACAUUGUUUGUGUUAUUUUGAGCGUGUCUGUUUCAGCACUUUUUUGUACAUACAUGAAUGAACUCACUGCUUCUCAAUGAUAGCUAUUAUACCUGCACUGUGGUCAUGCCAAAUGUGCAAAUUGAAAGAUUUGGAGUAAAGAGACCUUGACUUGUAACAUCAUAACCAGUAAGUCUCAGUCAGCCUAACAGGGAAGAAGAGAGGCUCUCUGGAAGCCAGCCUUGAUUUGUCCUCUGAUAGAUUUCCUUUUUUAACCUGCCUCUGUAAACAUUCCAAUGCAAUGUGUAUCCUUCCUCGCUGUAAUCUGACGGUGAAGUAAUUAUUCUGUUUUAAACCGUGAUUAAAGCUCAUAAAAUAGUUUUUUUUGCUUCAACAAAAAGAAACAAGCUGUAAAAAAUAAUAAUGACACAUUCUGUCUAGCCCUUAAAGUGCAGGAGGCGGUACUGUGACUUCGCUUUAGUCCGGGACGUCUUGUUUUUGAAUGUAUCCCGCAUUCCUACUGUUGUACUCGCAUAUAUAAUCACAUUCAGCAAUACAAAAUUGAUUCAAAGAAUGUUAAACUGUUUAAUUUCACUGAAGUUUUAUUGAUGUUUGUGACUUUUAUUUUGGAAUGAAUCAGAAAAUUAAAGAAGUGCCUUUAAUUAAUUACAAGUCUGUUAGAAACAGUGAUUAAUACUAUUCAAAGUAGUAUCAUUUGCUGCAUUGUUUCCCUUGAAUGAAAACAUUAGUAAUAUAUUUGUACAUCUUAAAGAGCUUUAAAGUCUACACACAUCUGUUAAAAAACAGGGAAAUUUAUUGUAAUUGCACACUGACUGCAGAUUGUCUCUGUUUAAAUUAAAAAAGUUUUCCUGAAAA